GUCAGAUAAAGUCGCGCCGUAAGGAGAUCGUGCGCGCGCAUCAUAACAAGAUGGCCGCCAAAAUAGUGUUAAUUACAGACCAAGACUUGCUUCUUAAAGUUAUAGCAAAAUAUCGUGAAUUGCCAGUGUUGUGGGAUAUAACACAUAAACAGUAUCACAAUCGCGAUGCUCGAAAAGAAGCGUACGAAUUAUUGUUGAAAUACUAUACUAAAUACGAUGAAGCAGGCACAUUGGUAGCGUUGAAAAAGAAAAUCGAGAAUAUGCGAGCAGCAUACAAAAGGGAGAAGAAAAAGGUGGACAGAUCUAUAGUUGACGGUCAGCCAUAUACUCCUUCACUGUGGUAUUACUCACAUUUAAAAUUUUUAGAUGAGGAUUAUAUUACUUUGGAUUAUGACAGCGAUUCAGACUUAAAUUAUGAACCAUUACACAAAAAAGUGAAAAUGGAAUCACUUGAAGAAAUACCUAGCCAGGAUCAGAAUGAGGUGGAUAAUAUCGUUACGUCAUCGCCAGACGUAUCUGGCGAUGAUGAGUCUGCAGAAGCUUUUGGAAAAUCAAUCACAUGCAUGCUUAAAGAACUCCCAAAACUACAACUAUGUUUAGCCGAGAAAUUAAUAGGUGAAGUUAUGUUUUUUGCUAAAAUGGACAAAUUAAAUAUGGAUUCUAUGAUAUACGUAAAUAGUGAUGGUGAUAAUUCAGAAUAAUGUGAAGAUAAAU